CAUACAUCAUUCUGCACAGUGAAGCAUCUAAGUGAGGUAACAAUAAGCAAAAUGUAUCUGUGGGUGAAGGGGGACUUUAACAAUGUAGAAAACCAUGGUGUGCUUUGUAGUAAAAAAUGCACAAACAUGCCAGUAUAGUCCUUAAAAUGUCAUGACAAAAAUGUUCUCCUUUGACCAUGUUAGCUCUGUAAUAUGAACUGCACAAGUCAAAUAGUGUCACUAUUAUGCAAUGCAUCACUUUUUUCACUUUUUGCAUCACUGCCGUGGCCUCAUUCAUUCACAGGGGGAAUUAUUACAGGGCAAAUGUUAAUCAUUGUGGACACAACAAUCAUAAUUUUUCUCCUGGAGAAGGCAGCACUGACACACACUGACACUGGGAAUAUGGAAGACAGAUGCCUGCCUCUUGGGUCACAACACUGCAGACAUGUAAUGGCAAUGAGGAGAUCAGUGGGCAUAAUUUUCAUUUUAAUUAGGUGGCAGCAGAACAGCAAAGCCUUCAGUGCUGCUACAGGAAACUGUACCAUUUAAAAAUACAGUCUCAUAAUACAGAACAUAUGGUAUGCCUUUUAAUAAACAGUCGAAGAGAAAGACUGAAGACAAGAUGGUUGUUACAGUAAACACACUCCUGGCAGUCAAUCUUUGUUGCUAUCUACAUCAAGUCUCAUAAUAAACUGCUUCUGCUUCUGCAGCUGCACUUCACCACAAACAACAUGACUGGUGUUGAAGUGAGCUGUGCUGAAUGUCUGUGCAACCCUUUCUACAGGAGACAUUAGAAAAGCACCAAGAGUGUCUAAAGAAGCAAAGGGAAGCCGUGAAAUACAGACUGAAAAAACUGGCAGCACGGCAAUCAGAACUCACAAAAACAUCCUCAGUGAUAAGGGAGUGCAUCAUACGGAAAUAUCAGGAGAUCCAGUCCAUCCUGGACGAGGACCUAAGGAUUACCCUGUCCCACCUGGACAUGGAGGAGCGGGCUGCUGUCUCUGCCCUGGAUGGGCUGAUGGAAAGGAACUGUUCUCUAAUCCAGGAGAUAGAGCAGAGCCUGGCCAGACUCACUGUAGCACUGGAGCAGACUGACACAGAGCCUGAUACAAUGUCUUUCUUUUCAUUCCCUGAGCAGCAAGAUGUGGAGACAGUGGACAGAGUGAUGGAUCUGCUAAACAGGACAGACCCGAGCAGUGUGAGCCUGGACGAAGUUAAAGCUGACCAGAUCCUCAGCCUCACCAACAACAUGCUUCUGCUUAUCUCCUCACAGACCCCUAUAAUCAAGAAACUCAUCAAGAGUUAUUCCAGUGAGGUGUGUCUGGAUCCAGAGACGGCCCACCCAAAGCUGAUCAUCUCCCCCCAAGGUGACAGUGCCACCUACACAGACACCUGGCAGCAACUUCCUGACCUCCCUGGACGCUUUGACACCACCCUCAAUGUUAUCAGCUUGCAAGGCCUCAGUUUUGGUCGCCAUUACUGGGAGAUUGAUGUGACUGGGAAGACUUACUGGGAGCUGGGUGUCACCUAUCCCACCAUUCCCCGCAAGGGCACCACUGAGGACUGCUGGCUGGGCCGGGGGGACGAGUCCUGGUGUGUGGAGUUCUUUGAUGGGGAGUAUACAGCCUGGCACGGAGGGGUGCCCCAUCAGCUGCCUUUCACAAAAUGCUUCUGUCGGAUUGGUGUUUUGUGUAGUUUCCCUGCAGGAUUGGUGACGUUUCUUGAGGCAGACAACAUGAUGCCGCUGUUCUCCUUCUGUACAGGAACCUUCUCAGACUGCCUCCACCUGGCCCUCUGUCCUGGUCAUGACCACAAUGGCACCAAUGCUAAGCCUAUUGUAAUCUGUAAUGCUCUGUAUCCUACCAGUGAUCUCUGAUUAGUAACUCCACAGAAAAGCUUUUAGUAAUUCCUUGCUGAGGCACUACUUUCUAAUAAUGCACCAAUUUUAAAGGUUUAUAGGUUGUAACUAAUGGCUUUGUUAAUAAUUAAACAAGACUGAGUCUACA